CCUUCCCAUGGCCCUCUGUCCAGGCUACCCCAGGCUGCUGGGUCAGCCCUGCCCGCCAAUUGUCUCCAGCUCUGCAGGGGAGGAGCAAGGAGGAAGGGACAGGAGGAGUGUCUAUGGGGGCAGGUUGCCUGGGACUGAAACACUCCUCCAGCCUCAGGCAGAGGGCCAGCCAUGCCCGGACCACGGCUCCUGCUCCUGCUCUUGCUGCUGGUACCACCACCCCCUCUGCAGCCCUCCUCGCUGGCACCACCGGACACCCCAGCGGGCCAGGCCACCAUCAUGGGCCUUAUCCUCUCGGCGCUGGAGGGAGCCACCUCCUUCCUGAAGAAGAGGCUGCCUGAAAUCAACCUGGACGGCGUGGUGGGGUUCCGGGUGCUGGAAGUGCAACUAAAAGGUGUUCAGGAAAAGUGGGCCCGGGACCCCCAGAUGCAGCAGCUGAGCCUGCGUGUGGGGAAGCUGAUGGAAAAGCUAGAACCUCUCCUUCACAGAUCCAUCUCCUACCUCAAGCUGAGUGAUCCCAAGUACCUAAGAGAGUUCCAGCCAACCAUCCAGCCUGGGUUUUGGAAGCUUCCGCAUGCCUGGACCAGCACAGAUGCCUCCAUGGUCUACCCCACGUUUGAGCCACAGGACUCCUUCUCCGAGGAACGCAGUGACUCCUGUCUGGUGCAGCUGCUGGGAACAGGGACAGACAGCAGCCAGCCCUGCAGGCUCUCAGACUUGUGCAGGACCCUCAUGACCAAGCCCCGCUGCUCGGGCUAUGGCCUCUCCCACCAGCUGCUGUUCUUCCUCUCAGCCAGAAUGAAGGGAUGCACAGAGGGGCUGUUCCGCCAGAGCCAACACUACAUGAAUCUCUUUUGUGCCAACAUGAUGGAACUGAACCGGAGAGCUGAGGCCAUUGGAUAUGCCUACCCAACCCGGGACAUCUUCAUGGAGAACAUCAUGUUCUGUGGAAUCAGUGGCUUCUUGGACUUCUACAAGCUCCAGUGGCUGGAGGCCAUUCUCAACUGGCAGAAACCACACGAAGGAUGCUUCGGGAGGCCCGGUGAGCUGCUGAAGAUGAAGAAUUAUCGAAAGCUGUUCAAAGCCAACAGCAUGUUUUGAGGAGAGUGAAGAGGCGAGAAAAACAAUUUACAGACGGCUGUUCCUCCCACAACACAGCCAUGGCUGUGGCCGCCCUGGGGGGCUUCCUCUACGUCCUGGCGGAACACCCCCCAGCAGGUGGAGAGCUGUGGCAGUCCUCACUGGCACCAGCCGUAGUCGCUGAGACAAAUGUCUCCACGUCUGCCACUGGAAGAUGAAAAUGGAUGCCGUUCGUCAGUCCUCCCUCCCUUAAAUCCCGGGUGCCCGGGCCAUGCCCUGACGAGGAGGCAGCAGAAGAAACAGCCAGCAAAGCAGCCCAGCUUUGUCCCCUCGGGGAGCAGGGCCAGGGAAGGUGAUGUGGGGCUGGAGCCAGGCGUGGGAGGCAGGCGUGGGAGCAGAUGAAUAAAUUUAGAGUGCAGUCGA